AUGUUUGUGUUUAGUUUAUGGUGGGUUGGUUGUAGUAUUAUCCGAUUGAUAAGUGAUGGUUUAAAGGGAUUGGAGAGCAUCCACCAAAGCGUAGUUGGUAGCGCCUAUGAAGUCAUUGGACUCAAGGGUUACACUUCUUGGGCCAUUGGUUAUUCUGUUGCUAAUCUGGCUCGCACUAUUCUCCGUGACCAGCGCAAGAUCCAUCCUGUCACGGUUCUUGCUCGUGGCUUUUAUGGUGUCGAUGGGGGUGAUGUCUUCCUCAGCCUCCCGGCUUUGCUUGGACGCAAUGGUGUGGUCGCUGUGACCAAUGUGCAUAUGACUGAUGAUGAGUCUGAGAAGCUGCAGAAGUCGGCUAAGACUAUAUUGGAGAUGCAGAGCCAGUUGGAACUUUGA